GUCACAACAAAAUCAGGGUGACUUUUCAUGUUUCUUGAUGGUUGGAAUAUUGUUCCAAGUUCAAAUUCAAGGGUUCUAUAAAUAGCAACACCUAUAAACAAUAUCAUAUAACCACCAACAUAUUCUUAGGAUAAAAAAACAGUAAUAAUGGAUACGAAACCUAUUGCUGGCAUGUGUUUCUUCUUGAUUAUUUUCUUAGCUACUCAAGAACAAGUGGUGCAAAUUGAGGCAUAUUGUGAGGAACAAAGUCGUAUUUUCAUUGAUGAAUGCAGUGAUCCAAUUGGUGACAAACUAUGUUCCAUUAUUUGCAUUAGCAAAGAAAAUUCAAUUGGUGGUUCCUGCCAAAAUCUAAGAUGCAUUUGUGCCAUUGCCUGUUGAAAUGUGUCUAGUAUUAGAAUUAUAUUAUAGAGAUAAAUAGAUUAAUUACCGAGUUAUUAUUUGUUCAUGUAUUGCUUCAUCAAUGUCCAUGAAAUAAAUCAUGAAUUGAUUAUCUUCCCUUUUUGUAAGAAGAGAGUAUAGUAUGGAUUAUCAAAUAAAUUUUUUGAGUACAAGUUGUUUAGACUAAAAAUUACCAAUAGCGUUACAAUGC